GAAGUCUCUGUCACACACACACACACAUUUACACACACGCGUAUAAAGGAGUGCGCGAAGAGAAGCAGGUUUUAAAAGCCAGCGCUCGGCGGCAACUUUGCUGCAGGAAAACAUUAAAGCGAGAAUCAGGAAGCGAGAAGAAAAUGGAGACCGGAAGUGAGAUUAGCGUUAGCAUAGCGUUAGCACGGAGAGAGAGACUGAGAGCGCGGUUUAACUCUCCGAUUUAAUCCCGUGGUUCGUUUCAUUCCUCCAGUCAGAGACACUUAAACCCGCCGGUGGAGUCUGAAGGAAACCCGCAGGUUGUUUGUUCCACUUUUUGCUGGUCAUCAGUCGCCAGUCAUUCACUUCCGGGUUUGUUAACGCAGAAGAAGACUUCAGCUUCAGGUGGCUCAGCUCGGCCCUUACGUCAUGACGUCGACACGGCUGAAGUACCUGUCCCUGGGCGUGCUGGUGUUCCAGACGACCUCUCUGGUGCUCACCAUGCGAUACUCGCGCACGCUGCAGGCCGACGGGCCGCGUUACCUUGCCUCCUCCGCCGUGGUGCUGGCCGAGCUGCUCAAGAUCCUCACCUGCGUCUGUCUGGUCUGCAAAGAUCACAGUUACAGCGUACGUGCUCUGAGCAGCGUCCUCAGGCAGGAGAUCCUCCACAAGCCGAUGGAGACGCUGAAGCUCGCCAUUCCCUCAGGAAUCUACACACUGCAGAACAACCUGCUGUACGUGGCGCUGUCCAACCUCGACGCCGCAACGUACCAGGUGACCUACCAGCUGAAGAUCCUCACCACCGCGCUGUUUUCCGUCUCCAUGUUGGGACGCAGGCUCGGGCUUUAUCAGUGGCUCUCUCUCAUCAUUCUGAUGACUGGAGUCGCUCUCGUGCAGUGGCCCACAGACUCUCCAGGCUCCCCCGAGAAGCAGCAGCAGCCCACCACAGGGUCUCCGUUCGUGGGUUUGGUGGCCGUGUUGGUGGCGUGCUGCUCCAGCGGCUUCGCUGGCGUUUACUUUGAGAAAAUCCUUAAGGAGACGAAGCAGAGUGUGUGGGUCAGAAACAUCCAGCUCGGUCUGUUCGGUCUGGUUUUUGGCCUGUUUGGGAUGCUGCUGUAUGAUGGAGAGAGAGUAAAGGAGCACGGGAUGCUCCAGGGCUACAACUCCAUCACCUGGACUGUCGUGUCUUUACAGGCAUUGGGAGGUUUGGUCAUAGCUGCUGUCAUUAAAUACGCAGAUAACAUUCUGAAGGGUUUCGCUACGUCGCUGUCCAUCAUCCUGUCCACGCUCAUUUCCUACUUCUGGCUGCAGGACUUUGAGCCGACGAGCGUCUUCUUCCUGGGAGCCGUGCUGGUCAUAGUCGCGACGUUCCUAUACGGCUACGAAGCCAAACCCGCUUCCAACCCGAGCCGAGCAUGAUGGGAAGCCGGGGACACCAGAGAGCGGACAGAGGUCCAGGAUGGAGCUGAAGAGUCGGAGGGAGACGCAGGAUCGAAACGAGGAAGGAAGUGUGACGGAGAUGUCUGACGUGGCUCGUUAAUUGAGCGGGAGUGUGAACUCGUCUGUGAAAUCAGAAGCGCAGCGCCGUGGUGAGCCGAACGAACCCCAACCAUCACUGAACACGAUGAGGAAACCACAAAAAAACACUAUUUUAUGCCAUGAAUCAAAUACUUGAGGAAAAUCCUGGGGUGCCAUUCAGUUCUCUCUGUGUGUGUGUGUGUGUGUGUGUGUGUG